CAAAUGCAGUAUCUCUGAGUCAUGUUUAUCAAGCUCAAGGUGCUGUUGUACUUGAAAUUUCAUGCUUUUCUGAGGCUGAAAGAAUAUAUAUGCUAGUUAAAGAUACAACUGUCAGUGACAAGCCUCUGAAUGCCAUGGUGAUUCCUGAAGUUAUGGCUUCCAAGAUACCACAGAACUGCUGCCCACUUCUUGUGUUCGUGAAUCCAAAAAGUGGUGGGCUAAAAGGUCGGGAUCUGCUGUACAGUUUUAGAAAGCUGCUAAACCCACAUCAGGUCUUUGAACUUACCAAUGGUGGCCCACUGCCUGGGUUUCACACAUUCUCUAAAGUCCCAUCCUUCCGAGUGCUGGUGUGCGGAGGGGAUGGCACUGUCGGCUGGGUCCUGGGUGCGCUGGAGGAAAUCAGGCACAAGUUGGUCUGCUCAGAGCCAUCGGUGGCCAUCUUGCCCUUGGGAACAGGUAAUGACUUAGGGAGGGUCUUGCGCUGGGGAGCUGGCUACAGUGGGGAGGACCCCUACUCGAUUUUGGUUUCGGUGGAUGAGGCGGACGAUGUUCUUAUGGAUCGCUGGACAAUCCUUCUGGAUGCAGAAGAGCCAGCUGAAGGUGCAGAAAAUGGCGUUGCAGAGCCUGAGCCUCCGAAGAUUGUACAGAUGAACAAUUACUGUGGUCUUGGCAUUGACGCAGAGUUGAGCUUGGACUUUCAUCACGCCAGAGAAGAAGAACCAGGGAAAUUUAAUAGCAGGUAA